AUGCAACUCACUCCCUCCUUCGUCGCUUUGGCAGCCGCUUCGGCUGCCGUUGCAGCAAACGCCAGCCCUGUGAGCCAGCUGCACAAGCGAGCUGGUGCACCUUUCACCUUCGAUGGAAGGACAUUCCAGGACAAGGUGAGCCUUCCUUCCAAGCGCUCGAUCGAGAGCAGCAGAAAUUCGAGUAAUGCCUGCUCGGAAUAUUGACUGAUCGCCGUGCACACCCUUGCUGCGAACAGGGUCUGGUGGGCUUUGCACGCAUUCCAACGGAUGCCUUGGACAGCUUUGGAGAGACGAUCGGAGGUGUGGGCUCUGCCAUCGCGCUGGAGUACUUCAGACCCUCGGCCACAGGCGGUACAUUUAGCAUUCUGCUUCAACCGGACAGAGGGCACAACUCUGGCGGAGCAGAAACAUCCGACUACCGAGCUCGCAACCACCGUUACCUCGGCACGCUCUCUGCGCAAAAUGGAACGAAUGAGAACAUUUCCCUCAGAUACGUCAACUCUCAACUUUAUCGCGCAGGACCCGAUUAUGCGCUCAACUUCACCACAGGCUUGGAUCCCAACGGCACACGACAAUCCAACCCUCGCGCUCCCAAUCUGCCCAUCGCUUUGCCCAACAACCACAUCAGCUUCGACACUGAAGGGCUGGCCAUCUCUUCCAACGGUCUUCAAUUGUUCGUCUCGGACGAGUACCAGCCAGGCAUCUACAUCAUCGAUCGUACCACUGGUGUCCUGCUCAACACCAUCGUUCCCCCACCCGCCAUUCUGCCCUACGACGCUACGGGCAAGCUGAACUUUACGAGUCUGAGCAACCCGACCACUGGCCGAGCACCGAACCAGGGCUUCGAAGGUCUGACGCUGGACCGCAACACCAACACUCUUUGGGCUCUGCUGCAAUCAGCAACGAUUCAGGACAGCAACAAGGGAAGCAAGAGCACAAACAGGUACACUCGUCUGCUCGGCUACGACGUCUCGAACAUUUUCAAUGCCAGACUGAUCAAGGAGCACGUGGUACCUUUGCCGCAAAGCAAAUCUGGCAACACCAGAGCAUCGAGCGAGGUGCACAUUGUCGACGAUACCACCUUUCUCGUCCUUGCACGCGAUGGAAAUGGAUUUGGAAACGAGGAUGCAGGCGUGUCGUACAAGCAUGCGGAUCUCAUCUCUACCAAGAACGCGACCAAUAUCGCCAAUACGCCAUUUGACCAGGUCAACUUGCCAGUCUCUCCAGCUGGUCGGAUCAACAACACCAUCGUUCCUGCCACCUACCAAUCCUUCAUCGACCUCGCCUCCAGCGCCGAGCUGGCCAAGUUCGGUCUCAACAAUGGAGCAUCUGGCGUGUUCGACCGCAACCUGCUUUCUGGCAAGUUGGAAAGUUUGGCAAUCGCCAGUGCGGGAGAUGAGCAGAACAAGGACGACGUUUACCUAUUCGUCGUUUCCGACAACGACUUUAUCACGCUGAACGGUAAACAGGCGGCUCAGGACUCGACGGGCAAAUACGUCGUUGGCUCUUACAACGACACGUAUGCUUUGCAAAAGGGAAGUCAGGAUACUCAAUUCUUCAUCUACAGAGCCACCAUUCCUGGCUACAGCCAGGCAGGCAGCGCCAACUGA